AUGAAAGACAGAGAGGAACAACUUCAAGAACUUCGUCAGAUAAAAGAGCAACUUCGUCAAGCUCAAGAGGAAAUUAUUAGAUUAAAAGAGCAAGCGUUGGUUAACAUAGAUAAUCUUUGGAAUAAGUUUGAGGAAUACGAUAAUAAGAGAAAAGAGUAUGGUUCAACAGUAGAAAAGCAAACUUCACAACGGGAAAAUCGAGCAUCAUCGCAAUUUGGUUGGGGUCAAGCGAUAAAUCUCGUGCCUGUCUUUUCUCAUGCUUAUAAUUAUGGCACAAGUAAAGCUAAUGAAUUAGUAGAAUGUGAACAAAAAGAGCAUCGCGAAACCCUAACUAAAGCAACCGACGAAAUAUAUCGGAAAGUUCAGGAAUUAUAUAAUCAUAUCAAAAACUGCUAUAAGCAGGAAAAAAAAGAUGAUUAA